AUGUCUUUAUCUCAUAACCAAAUUCAUCAAUACUCUCUUAUAAAUGCCCUCAUGCAGGGUAUUUGUGUGGAGGGUUUGCCAGCAUCCCAGCUGCCCGAAAAAGGAGACCACGGCCUUGGGACACUUUCUGGUCUAAAUGGAGAGAUAGUUAUCAUAGAUGGAGUCUGUUAUCAUUUCACCGCAAGUGGAGGUGCUCAUAUUCUGGGAGACCAAGAAAUCAUUGCCUUUAUCAUGAUUACAAGGUUUCAACCAGUGAACAUUGUCCAACUUCCUCAUCUAUCCUUCGAAUCACUUUACAAACAGAUUUCUGGCCUACAUGAAGCUGCCAGGAACUGCUUUUGUGCGAUCAAAAUUGAGGGUCAUUUCACCCAGAUUAAAUAUCGAGUCAUCCCAGGACAGUCCCGACCAGGAGAAACACUACUAGAGCUGCAAGAAAGGCAGCUGAUUCAGACAUUCAGCCACCAGUCAGGAACUUUAUUUGGAUUCAUGUCGCCUGGCUAUACAGCUGGACUCAGUGUCCCAGGGAUUCAUUUACACUUCCUGUCUAAGGACCGACAACACGGAGGGCAUGUGCUGGACUUUGAGACCAACAGUCAACCAGCUACAUUGUCGACUGCUGUUAUCCGGAAGUAUAAUCUUGAAAUCCCAGAUACCAAGGAAUUCGGUACCAAGUGUGUGAUAGUUCACGACAAAGUUGAUCUUGAUAGGGCCGAGGGAAUGCACCAUUCAUGAUCAAGUAAGACAAGGGAUGAUGAAGAUCAACUUCAUUAAAUGUUAUGAUAGAUAAUUAUUACAACAGAAUGGAAAAAGAGAAGGGUAAUGAGUAUUAUUUGCAGAGCGAGGCUCUGCAGCCCUAAUACGAUCCAGUCAAAAUUGCGAUCUCAAUUCUAAUUAUUAGUGAG